CCUCCUCUACCUUUGUCAGUUCCUUGCGCUCCCGUUGAAACGCCUGGUUGUUGUUUCCCGGGGCUUGGAGGAAGGAGAAGUUACCUCUGCUCUGCUGCAGGUUUUCGGGACACCGAGAGAGGACAGCGGGAUCUGCCGAGGAAGCUUUUCUUUCCCCUGUGACCACCCGGCUGGCCGUUAAACUGAAUGGAGUAGCGGGAUAAAAAGGCAGGAGGGAUUUAACCUUAUCCAUCACCUUGUAAAGCACGGCGCGGUGAGAGCGGCAACGUGCAGCACUGCUGCGCUGGAUUGUGUAGGGAGCAAACAAGGGAAUAACACAAACAGAGAUGGUUUACUACCCGCAGGGACCUUCACACACACCACUCCUGCAACUGCUCCUCUGAACUUUUCAGUCCUAGAAGUGCGCAGACGAGAAGGGGGUUAAGAAAAAGGGGCUCGUUCUUAUCAGCAAGAAGGGAUUAAUGAUGCCGGACCAAAUCACAGUUGCAGAGUUUGUGGCAGAGACCAAUGAAGAUUACAAAUCGCCGACCGCCUCUAACUUCACCACCAGGAUGUCCCAGUGUAGGAAUACAGUGGCUUCCCUGGAGGAGGCUCUGGAUGUGGAUCGCAGCGUGCUGUACAAGAUGAAGAAGUCUGUGAAAGCCAUCUACACGUCUGGGCUAGCACAUGUAGAAAAUGAGGAGCAGUACACUCAGGCCCUGGAGAAGUUUGGAGAAAACUGUGUGUACAGAGACGAUCCUGAUCUGGGCUCGGCUUUUCUCAAGUUCUCCGUCUUCACCAAGGAGCUCACAGCGCUUUUCAAAAACCUUUUCCAAAACAUGAACAACAUCAUCACCUUCCCUCUGGACAGCCUGCUGAAAGGAGACCUGAAGGGUGUCAAAGGGGAUCUGAAAAAGCCCUUCGACAAAGCCUGGAAGGACUACGAAACAAAAGU